AUGGACACGUUAUACCUCACAUAUCUCGGGAUUUUUUUAUCAUUUAUCCUUUGCGUCUCUCCUUUUCCGAACAUGAUUAGGAGAGCAAAAGAUAACGAAAUGCAUUAUGUUCCCAUACAUUUCUUAUGGGUAAAUCACUCCACAAGGAUGACAUGGCUGUGCUAUGGAAUUUUGAAAGAAAUAGUUCCUUUUAUAACGAAUUGUGUUAUGACGGGACUGGCUUCAAUUUUGAUGCUCAUCCUCUACUAUUUUUUUACUAUAGAACUUUCUCUUCAAUAGCGCGAUAAGGCGCAUUCCUAGGUUUUACCGGAGGGUCUUGGACAUAUGAAAACCUGCUAUUCCUUAUUCAUGGGGGAGACAAACAGCCUAAAUAAAGAAUCCUACCUGAUCAAUCUCGAGAACUUGAAGAGAGGCUGUGUGGAAAAUUUACAUUUUGGUUCGUCAAAUGGAUCUGACGAGCCAAAUCUGGCCAGUACUUGAAAUAAAAAUGAUAGUUGCCAGAAUUUUAUUAAUUUUCUGAUGAAGAGUAUGAUCAGAAUUUUAAUAAAUGGCACAGGAUCAAGUAAAUUAAUUCAAGACUUAAUUAAGUAGUGACUUAACCAUCUUAAUAAUUUUUUUAAAAUUUCAAAAUUCAAACUUUUAAUAGAAGAUUUAAAGAGAUAAUUAAAUCGUAAAUAUAACGUAAUAAAUACUCUUUACUGCCUUAAGGAGACGAUGCCAGUAAUGAUCUUUAUAAUUUGACUUUUUUCAUAAUGACUUAACCAUCUUAAUUUUUUUUUAAAAUUUCAAAAUUCAAACUUUUAAUAGAAGAUUUAAAGAGAUAAUUUAAGCAUAAAGAUAACGUAAUGAAUACUCUUUACUACCUUAGGGAGACGAUGCCAGUAAUGAUUUUUAUAAUUUGACUUUUUUCAUAGUGACUUAACCAUCUUUAUAAUUUUUUAAAAUUUCAAAAUUCAAACUUUUAAUAGAAGAUUUAAAGAGAUAAUUUAAGCAUAAAGAUAACGUAAUGAAUACUCUUUACUGCUUUAGGGAGACGAUGCCAGUAAUGUUUUUUAUAAUUUGAUUUUUUCCAUAGUGACUUAACCAUCUUAAUAAUUUUUUAAAAUUUCAAAAUAAUUUUGAUAAAAUAAGUCCUUCUUGAAUACUCUUAAAUUUUUGCUUAUUAAAACUAAUAACUCUUUCUACAAAACAAAUUGUGGAGUAGUUGAGACCAUAUGGAGCAAGGAUUUCUAAAGGAAAAACUUGCUGAUGAUGAAUGCUGUAAUCAUUAUUGUCAAAAGGAAUUUAUUAAAAUUCUGAUCAUACUCUUUAUCAGACAAUUAAUAAAAUUCUGGCAACUAUCAUUUUUAUUUCAAGUACUGGCCAGAAUUGGCUCGUCAGAUCCAUUUGACGAACCAAAAUGUAAAUUUUCCACACAGCCUCUCUUCAAGUUCUCGAGAUUGAUCAGGCAGAAUUCUUUAUUUAGGCUGUUUGUCUCCCUCAUGAAUAAGGAAUAGCAGGUUUUCAUAUGUCCAAGACCCUCCGGUAAAACCUAGGAAUGUGCCUUAUCGCGCUAUUGAAGAGAAAGUUCUAUAGAAGCUUUGCAAAGUUUAUAGCCUUAUAUGUAUUGUUUUUGACAGGACUUUUUGGAUUAUCAUUUUGAAUUCUCCCAGUAGAUUGGGUAGGAAAUCUUGCUGCUACCCUAGGUACGCUAACUUACAUUUCAACAGCAAGAAAUUUAAGAACUGCUUUAGUUACAUUAAAUCUUAAGUUGAUUGAUUUGCCAAUAACAUGCGUAGCUCUUUGCAACUCACUUGCAUGGGCAAGCUAUGGAUUGGUAAUCAUGGAUUUUCCUUUAAUAAUUGGAUGCUCAAUUGGAGUUAUAGUAUCCAUAACUUUGUUAGUAAGUUAUGCAUGGAUUAGAUGUAGCAGACUAAAAAAAAACAACGAUUAA